CUCGAUGCGAUAACCCGUCAUCCGACCAAACGGGCGACGAACAUGCGGCGACGACGACAGCUGUCCGCUGUGUGCACCCGACUAUGGCCCUGCAAGGGAGAGACAUAGCGCUUCUGGGCAUCGCGUGCUUUAUUGCCUGGGGGUAUGCCGUCCAUUGGUUCCCCGCGCUGCUCUGGGCCGGCCGCGCCUUCGUUGGCGGUGUGCUGCUGAGCGGAACUGCCCUGCUCGCCCUCGUCGUCCUCACCUCCCGCGGCCCGCACCACCGCAAGCUCAAGGAAACCGCGCGCCCGAGAGCGGCCGCCUUCCUUGCGCCAGAUGCAUGGAAGACCGAGGUCGCUGCGCUGCGACAGCACCAGACGUACAACAAGCAGUCGCUCUGCCCGGAGUCCCCGAAGGUGUCGGCCGCCCUCGACCAGCUCCUCGACUACAUUAUCCGCGACUUUAUUCGAGUGUGGUACUCAAGCAUUAGCAAGAACCCGGUGUUCACCGACGAGGUCGACCGAGCCACAAGAUGCGCCCUGCUCCGCGUUCGCGACCGCCUCCAGGGGCUGGACCUCGCCGAGGUGCUGACCACCCGCCUCGUCCCCAUCAUGACGGCGCACUUCCGCGACUUUGCCGAUGCCGAGCGAUCCAUUAGGGGGCGCAAGCUGAAUCGAUCGAUCACCGAGACGGAGGAGUUGGACCUGGCGAUUGCAUCAAAAUACAAAGAAGGAAAGCUCCAUCCCGCUGCGAGUCUUUCGUUUUCAGACACAAAGACGGCCCAGCAAGAUUAUUUGCGGCAGACAAUGUCCAGAAUCCUACCGAAGGUCUUACCGGAGAGCCUGCUUGCCUCUCGGGCAGUGACGACCCUUAUACGAGAAAUCACUGCGUGCGCGGUCAUGUUCCCCCUGAUGCAGACCCUGUCCGAGCCGGACACCUGGAACCAGUUGAUGGAGAAUUACGGGCGAACCAUGCUCCAGGAUCGCUCAACCGUCCGAAGACUCCGUGCCGCGCUGGAUCAGCACGCCUCGCCGGUGCCCAAGGCUAGCAAACCUGUAGCGUUCCCGCGCUUGACACCCGCGGACAGCGAGAGGAGGUUUGAGAAGUUCAUCAGGGCUAUUAGGAAGGUCAACAACCUCUCGGACGCGAGACGCUUCCGCAGCGAAGUUGCCAGUCAGCUCAAGAGGGACUCUCAGCAGGAGAACGUGGACCAGGUUUACCUGCGCCGGCUGGAGAUGGGCAAGCGCAUGCUGGAUCAGAGGGUUCAGCAUCUGGCCGCUGGGGGUGGCCGACGAGCGCUCCAAACAAGCACCGAGAUUGCUAUCCCAGGCGAGUCUCGGCUGGAAAACGCGUCGCUUGCCGAUCUGCUGCGGGACCCAUCCGCCCUAUCGUACUUCAUGGAGUAUAUGGAUCGGCAACGGCUGAUGCCCUUGGUCCAGUUCUGGCUUGUCGUGGACGGCUUCCGCAACCCGCUCGAAGACGACGGGCCGGAGGGAGAGCAGCUGCCGUUGCAGCUACCCCCCUGGACGGAGUCAGACCGACUUGACCUCGCGCAGAUCGAUGCCGCGUAUCUUAGCCGGCCUGAGCUGAAGGUCCCCGAUUCUUCAAAGCGCAUCAUCCAAGAGUUCCUCAAGGCUGGCAAAAGGGCGACGCCUGAGCAGUACUAUAGGGCUCGGAGGGAGAUUCUACGAGCGCAGAGCGCAGUCCUGGAGGAGAUGCGCCUCAAGCACUUUCAGAAUUUCAAGAAGUCGGAUCUAUUCUUUAAGGCACUAGCUGCUGAAGAGGCAUCCAACCGCACGGCGCUCUCGGCUCCCGGCCCCGGACCCGGAUUGCCCCUGCCCCGAACCUCUUCAUAUAUUUCGUCCAAACCCAACCCUGUCGCACGUCUCGUCCCGAGACUACACACAGGGCCCAUCCACCGGCGAUCAGGAUCGGCGUCAGAUUUAAGAGCCAUGAACGCUAACGGCGGUAAUGAUUUCGAAUCCGUGCCCAGACGAUCCGUAGAUGGAUCCCACUCGCCUCCUCUGUUUGACGAUGAUGAUGCAGGGGAUGACGCUAUGGGCGAUUCCAUAGCAAGCCUGGAACAGGACACUGGCUCCGCACCCCCAGUGCCUGACACCAAGGUCGUCCAGGCGAUGGAAGAGGCUCUCAACAGUAUCCUCGAGGAGAGUCGGCCGCCAACAGCGGAAGAUCUGAGAGCGUCCUUAUUUGGUGACGGCGACGCCGGCAGUAGCAUCUUUGCUCCGCCAGAAAAUGGGCCGCAGACGGGGGUUUCACCUGCGAGAGCACCAAGGUCGAACAGAGGGUCCGUUGAUCUGACCAGAUCGAGUGGUAACUCGCUUGAGGUUCCAAAAGCUCUUGACAACCCCCCAUCAGGUAGAAGAUCUUUCGAUGUCGGUCGGCCCGGUGAACUUGGCCGGUCAAGUGGAUCGCUGCGCAGCGACAGACCGAUAAAGGGGCAAGAGAAGCCCAGCCUGGCUUCGUUGGGCUUGGUGAGCGCGGCGUCACGAAUCGGGGUAUUCGUUGACGAUGACCUAUUUGGCGACGAGGAUAAAUUCCUCUCCGAGGAGCCCUCUGAUUCGGAUGACGACCGUAAUGACGAUGAUGCGGAUGCGGUACACGAGGCAGCCCCCGGUGACCUCGGCCUCGCAGAGGCGAUCACAGCUUUGAGUAACGACAUUGACAAGCUGGUCGCGCAGGAAGCGGUGGUGGAUUCUCUGCUUAGAAAGGCAGAGUUGACGAACAACGCGGCUGAGUUGAGGAUUCUGCGCAAGUCGAAGGCAAGUCUACAGAGAGAGCUACGACGCAAGGAGCUACAGCGACAGCAGUACGUCCUCCAAGAGAGCGACAACAGCCUCUACGGACGCUCCACUAUCAAGAUCAAGUCCAUCCAGGUCGGUCGGGACGAGGACGGCAAGGAGUUCGCACUCUAUGCGAUCGAGGUCUCGCGAAACGCAGGCGAAAGGAUGCCCGCCGCUACGUGGAGUGUCACCCGGCGCUACAGCGAGUUUCUCGAGUUGCACCAGAAACUCCGUUCCAGCUACCCUUCUGUGCGGCACUUAGACUUCCCGCGCCGCCGUGUCGUCAUGAAGCUGCAAAGCGAUUUUCUCCAGAAACGCCGCGCUGCCCUUGAGAAUUAUCUCAGCCAACUGCUCCUUCUGCCCGAUGUCUGCCGCAGCCGUGACCUGCGCGCAUUCCUCUCCCAGCGUGUCAUCACCGCGGUGCAGGAAGGCGGCACCGACCGUGAGGAUAGCAACAAGCAGAAGGACAUGAUCUCCCGGCUGUACGACUCGGUCGCCGACGGCAUGGAAGAUAUCCUCGGCAGCAUCCCCGUGCUCGACCAUCUGUCCGUCGCAGGGCAGAACCUGAUCAGCCAGCUUGGCACGGGACCCCUGGCUGCCCUUGCGAGCGAGGACGCUGCAGCAGCUGCAACAGGAGGAGGCACAGUGAGCGCGGCCGAGGCCGAAGCCGAGCUCAACGCGUUCGAGAGCAGGGAGCUCGAACCGUUCGUCAAACCCAUCUGCGACAUCUUCCUCGAGGUCUUCGAGCUCAACCGCGGCAACAACUGGCUGCGUGGCCGCGCCGUCGUCGUCGUCCUGCACCAGCUGCUCGGCGGCACCAUCGAGCGCAAGCUGAGGGAGAACGUGAAGGCGCUGGUGCAGGAGGACGCGCUGCUCAAGUACAUCGGCCUGUUGAGACAGGCCUUGUGGCCGGAUGGCCAGUUCCCCAGGAACAGAACGCCGCGGACGCCCGUGGAGAAGGCUCGUACCCGCACCGAGGCCAGUCUGAUGCUGGCCACGCUUCUGCCAGAUCUCGCGGGGAGCGUGGUCGGGCGGCUGAAUGCGCAGGCUGCGAGUCGCAGGGUGUUUGCCACGUUUAACAAUGCGAGGUUAAAUACGCACCUGGCGUUUACGCUCUUGGACGAGGUUAUUGAUAUCUUAUUCGAUGAUUAGCUGAAGUUUGGACUUAUGACCCUGGCGAACUAAGCAUCUAGCGGCUGCAUCGCAACGGCGUUCUGUCCUGUUCUGACUUUUGACCUGGGCUAGUUGAAGGGGUUUCUACGCGUUUGCAUUGUUGGCGUUGGGAAGCGAUCAUGCAUAUUAUGACGGAUGCUUAAUGUUGUAUGUAUUGUAUUGUACAAUAUACCAAGUCGUAGUAUUAUAGUUGAUGGUGAGACGCUCUGUACGAAAGGUUUCCUC